AUGGCAAUGCUCAUUCCGGCGGACACCCAAAAUAAGGAGUAUCGUUACCGAAGAUCGCUUAUACCACAUAUGGAUGCCUGCUUUGCAUUACAUGAAAAUGGGAUCUUUCAUCUCUGCAAAGUGGAUCCUGGACUAGCAAAUCUCUGUUCAGCCUAUGCAAGGGUUUCCUGCGCCAUCUACAGCGAGCACGGCCAGCCAGGAAAGGCGCCAAGACUAAUAGAGAAAGUGGUGGACAUGCAAAAGCAAACUUUUGGUGGAGAGAACUCCUUAACACUUGAGUCGUUAGGAUAUCUCGCACGCAGUUAUAGUCGGGUAGAUCGAGAGGUAGAGGCAUUGCAAUUGAGGAAAAGGCUUCUAGAGAUGUCAAAGCAUACGCUGGGUGAGAAGGAUCCUGUCACCCUCACCUCGAUGGCCAAUCUCGCCUCCAGCUACUCGUCGUUAAAUCAACAUGAGGAGCAGCUGCGGCUCAUGGAAGUAGUGGUAGAAACGGCGAAACGGACACUAGCUGAGGAGCAUGUUUUUACUUUUAACAUGACACUUUCUCUUGCGCUUAUAUAUUGCAUGUCAGGUCGAUAUAGAGAGGCGUGGAUCCAGUAA